UGCUCCACAUCCCCACACUGCCAGCUAGCCUUAUCUUCAUCCCUGCCGCUGCUCCUUUACUCCUGACCCUUUCUAGCUGCCACUCCUUCCCCAAUCCCCACCUGCUGGCCUGCUGCUCCCUGCUCACCUCCGGCGUUGGCUUCAAGCUCGAUGGCAGGAGCACUUCCUCGUCCUGCUCGAGUGCCGCGCUUCGUAGACCUGCUAGACGGUCGUGCAGCUCCCUCCUCUCGCCGGAGCAGCCACACCCCGCACAGCUUUCUCGCCCUGCUGGUGCACCAUGUCCAGUGCCCCCUUCCUCGUCCUGAUGGAGCGUCGCGCCACGCUGCUUCCUCAGCUCUGAUGAGACAAGGUGCCGCUAGCCAGCAGCAGAGCCUGCAGUCAUCCUUCAACGGCGUGUCCCUGCGGUGCCGGUGGUCAUCGCGGCCGCGGCCGUGCGGCACACCCCGGUCGUCGCCGGUGCAGGUGGUGAUGAUGGCGAAGCCGUCGAUCCAGUUCAUACAGGGCACGGACGAGCAGACGAUCCCUGACGUGCGGCUGACCAAGUCCAGGGACGGCACCAACGGCGUGGCCAUCUUCACCUUCGAGCAGCCGUCGGUGUUCGACUCGUCGGCGGAGCUGGGUGACAUCACGGGGUUCUACAUGAUCGACGAGGAGGGCGUGCUGCAGUCGGUGGAUGUCAGCGCCAAGUUCGUCAACGGGAAGCCGGCGCGGAUCGAGGCCAAGUACGUCAUGCGCACGCCCCGGGACUGGGACCGCUUCAUGCGCUUCAUGGAGCGCUACUCCCAGGCCAACGGCCUCCAGUUCGUCAAGAACUGAGCUCUCUCUCUCAUGGCUGGACUUGGAGGUGGAGGUCUACGCCAUGGCAAUGCUCCCCGUUGCCUGCACAUGGCUUCAUUGCUCUUUUUAUUUUUCUCUUUUUCUGACACUGCCUCGAGUUUCUAGGAGCCUGAUUGGUUGGAUGUAAGCUUUGCAGACUAAAAUCAUGGCAAGCCAAAUAAUAGGCAAUAUCAAAUUAUAGCUAUUGUUAAAUUGUGCGUAAGGUAUUUAUGUACUCAUUUGGUUGAAAUAUGACAACCAAUGUUUUUACCGUUGUAAGGUUUCUAAUAACUUGCCAUA